UAAGCAUCCGAGCAUCAAGUCAGAUCGCCCACAUAUUUGGAUGCUGAUUGAGCAAAGCGAGGUGCUAAACAGAAGACUGAUCUAAAUAUUCCAAGCACAUUCCGCAUCAAUGAUACUGCGAACGAGUAGCCUGUGCCUGCUGGGGCUGCUGCUGCUAAUGCUGCUGCAGGCCCAGGUGGAGGCCAAGGACGAGGACUAUGCUGAAGAUGGCGGGGACAGUGCAAGCGGCGGCGGCAAUGAUGACAUUUAUGAGCCAGCGCAGCAGGAGAGCGAGGUCGAGGCGGAAAUGCAGCAGCACCGCAACAGCAUAGAGGCCGAUGAGAGUUCUCUGUCCGACCAAACGGUCAACGUGUUGCUGGCAAUGGGUCAGCAAUCCACCACAGACAAGUUGCCGGUGGCUGCCACAGAGUCGGCAGUGCCCACAGCUGCUGCGGCAGCAUCUCCGGAGUACGAUGAGAAUACAGCGGCUGAAGUCAUAGAGGAUGCGCCCACACAAAAACAGGAGACGAAAGUGGAGAAACCUACCAAUCAUUCGCAGGAGUAUUACUACGAUGAGAUGCAGGAUGAGGAGCAGCAGCACGACGAACUGCCUGAGCAGGAAGAGAAAUCUACAGCCACAACCACCACAGUGCCCGAUUAUGUGCGCAAGGCCAAGGCGGAAAGAUUUCCGCAGCACGAAAACGACUAUGCCGAAGAGGAUAUGCUGGUGGAGCAGCAAACGCAGCCGGUUAGCGCGCCCAAGGAGCAGGAUGAGGAGACCAACUAUCCUGAUGAGCCUGCACAGCCCCAGGCACACAUGCAGCAGCUGCCCAAGCACCACAAAGCCGAGCCCUUCAAGCCCAGCUCCGAUGAAUACUACUAUGAUGAACAGUCGGACAGUGUCGAGCAUCGCAUCACAACCAUAAUACCGAGCACGACAACAACUGCAACGGAUGCACCUCUGCCCGUGUUGCAGGCGCGAUUCGGUGGUUUCGCUGGUUUUGGUGGUUGGCCCGCUCCAACGCCCAGCGCCGUGCCAGCCAGCACGCCUCCAGUCGUUACCACAAGUUCAACCUCAACCUCAACCACAACCACAACCACAACUACAACAACAACGACAACAGCUGCGCCACGCAAGCAAUCGAAGCACAUACAUCUGGCCAAGCCGGAACUGUUGCCCGCCGAUCAGCUGCGCAACUACAUCAAGGAUGUGUACAUUCGCAUGCCCUUGGCGGUUAUAGUGGAUCCGUCGGCAGCAUCGCUGGACCAGGCCAAGCGGCUGUACAUUGAUGCGUUGCAGGACAAGAAUAUUAAUAUUAAAAUUGUUCUUGUCACGCUGAAUGCGUCAGGUGUACCUUCCGCAUUCAGUUUCAACAAUACGCGUGAGUUCAUUGCCGGCUUGAACAGCACGAAAGAACAUGAGGGCGGCAAUGCGUUUGUGGGCGUGUUACAUGCCGCAGAGCUGGUGCCCUACGACAGCGCCAUAUUUAUCUCAACGGCUGCCAUACCACCGCACACGGAAAUGGUCCAGGAUGCGGCCAUAACACUACUCAAGAAGCGAAUACGCUUGUUUAUGCUGUGGUACGGUGAGCGCUCCGCCACCGAGAACGAAACCGAAGAGGCUGUGGGCGGCAUACUGGGCGAGGUGGCCAUACGCUCUGGCGGCGAAAUCAUUCACAUUGUGAGCACAGAGCAUGGGCAGCACAUAGCGGGUAACACGCUAACGCUCGUUUCGGACGCCUAUCGGGGUCCCCAGGAGAUGGAGCUGCCCGUGGAUACUACGUUGUCCAGUCUGCAUGUGCGCAUCGAUGCCAACAUGCGACGUGCCACACUUGCAACGCCCAAUGGUGACAUCAAUUUAAAGAAAUUGGUCAAAUUCAAGUCAACCAACGACACCCGAAAUGUCAGCACCGACGAACUGGACGCCUACAUACCGCUCAACAAGCUGCGUAAAGCGGCAAUCCUCAAGCUGCAGCUGACGCCGGAUUCGCCCAACGCCACAUUCAAUGUAUUUGUACGCGCCGAACGCAAAGCUGAUGUGUUUCUGGGAGAUAUCAUAAAACGGAUCGAUAGCUACUAUUCGCAUGGACGGACUGAACGCCCGUUGGCUUCGCUGGCACGCCUGGCCAAGCUCAAGUUUCCCGAGUCGCAGGAGAAGUUAGAGAGCGAAUCGCAGUCACCCAAAAGCGAAGUGGAAACCUUCUCGGAAACAGAGCUGGUGCAGCCAGCGACGAGCCUCAAUCAAACCCAAUUCGCUGCCGCCACGGGUGAGCCGCAGCGAGCCAAUCUGAAUGCCAUGCUGCUGCAGCGCUGCGGCACCAAAAUAGAGCUCAGCACACAAUCGAGGCUCUUGGUCAACGCGGGUCAAGUCUCGACGCUACUCUUCGAGGUGACAAAUAUGCGGGCAGAGCGCGUCUAUCAGACCGUCCAGGUGACGGACGAGCGUCGCUAUCUCGUGCAGCUCAGCCCAACGGGCUUCUAUUUGCGUGCACGGGAAACAAGCACCGUGCGUCUGACCGUGCUGGUGCCGGAUGGCACAGCGUCGGGCACCACCGAUAGAAUCACUUUCACCAGCUAUGGACGCGAGACGGCCACUUUGGCGGUUAGCCUUAAGGUCGUAUCCAGCAUCGAUGCACAGGAUACGACGGGACCAAAUCUUUCCUGGGAGUUUGGUAGUCGCUGCGACUAUGUGGCCAGCGAUGGACUGAGCUGUGGCGAUCGUUUCUGGACACUGGACCUCACCGCACAGGACUGGCAGUCGGGCAUGCUGCGCCUGCAGACAACGCCAGCGGAGGGUCUGUUCUAUCGCAACUACUACACGGCGGGCACAACGGAGCCACUGAAGGCCACCUACAUGGCCUCAUGCUGCGAACCAAAGGUGGCCAUAACGGCCUACGAUGCGGCAGGCAAUCAGCGCAGCGUUAACAUUGACGUUCGGGACGUGGUGUUGACCGAGGCAGCCAUAGCUGCCAUUUGUCUGGGCGCUAUACUGCUGCUGCUGCUGAUUGUGCUCCUGAUUUGGAGUAUUGUCUGGUGCUGCAGGCGUCGCAAGGUGUCGCUGGAGCUGCCCACCUAUCGCUCGCACUCGACGCGCAGCAUGGAAUAGAUUAGGAAUACUCUUUGCCAAAAAUACAACAACUAUAAACACGAACUCUAAGAAUUGCCCAAUAAAGAUAGCAGAAAACUGUUAACGCUUAUCAGACCAAAA